AUGGCGAUCGCCAUGCAACAAGGGAUAAAACAACGUUUUUCACAGAUUGACGAUAAUAAAAUCUACCUGAUAUCAACUUUGUUAGAUCCAAGGUUUAAGACGAAUUUCUUCACGAACCAACUGCAAAAAGAAAGAGCCCGGCAGUACAUUCUGGUUGAAGAUUUAGUUUCAGACUAUGAUACCAGCAGCGAUGAAAGCGUGCGUUCUUCUCCCGUGCAGUCUAAACGUAAAGGAACCGAUGAGCCUGGACAAAGCAUUCGCACAUCUUUCUGGGAGUGCUAUGAUGAAGUAGUUGCUCAGAACUUUACCGAUAAUGACAAUGGAGUCGGAAUAGCUUCUACUUCAAAGAACAUCAUAGCAGGUGACCUUGAUAAGUACUUGAGCAUGAGAACUUUAAAGAGAAACGACGAUCCAUUUGCCUGGUGGGCUACACAUAAAUCUAAGUUUUCCCAAUGUUUAGUCAAACUGGCUGCUAAGUACUUCUCAGCUCCUGCAAGCAGCAUGUAUUCAGAGAGGCUUUUUAGUGAUGCAGGAAACGUAUACGAAGAAGAGGAACAGACUUCUUCCCAAAAAUGCGGAAAAGUUGAUUUUUCUGCACCAUAA